UGAAAACCCUGUCGGUUGCUCCUUGAAGACUGUAAUCCAUGAGACACGUGUCACUCCAUAAAUAAACCCAUUCCCAUCCCUACAUACCUUCAUCAUCGUCAUCACCAUCGUAAUAGAACCAAGCUUUUAAACCCGACCACACUUUCCACCCUCACACUCCUCCACGCAACCCCACUUUUCCGGUCUACUUUCGCCGGAAUUCCCGUUUUCCACUCUUCUCUCACUCUAUCUCAUGCUUCCCAAAUCAAUUCACCCCUCACUGGAACCUCAAACCAAAACACUUCAUAACAAACCAACCCUCACUUCUUCCAUCACCUCCCUCCUCAAACCCCUUUCCUCACCCCAAAUCCCUCGUUCAUGGAUAUUCUUCACUGUCCUCUUCAUCCAGAUCCUCCUCCUCUGCAACCUCCGCAUGUUCUCCUCCCCAAUCCCCUCUCCUCUCCCCGCCCCCAUCGUCCAUCACUCUUCCCAAGCUCUGGACCAAUGCGGCUCCGGCAAGGUCUUCGUCUACGACCUCCCCCAAACCUUCAACUACGAAAUCCUCCAGAAUUGCGACAACCUCAACCCCUGGGGCUCCCGCUGCAACUCCCUCUCUAACAACGGAUUCGGCCUGAACGCUGCCGCGCUGGCCGGAAUCGUUCCUGAGGAUCUCCUCCCGGCGUGGCACUGGACCGACCAGUUCGUCACUGAAGUCAUCUUCCACAACCGAUUAUUGAAUCACAGGUGCAGGGUUAAGGAGCCGGAAUCCGCUACGGCAUUCUACAUACCGUUCUACGCUGGACUCGCGGUUGGGAAGUACCUGUGGCUCAACUCGACAGCUGAAGAACGCGAUCGCCACUGCGACAUGAUGCUGCGCUGGGUUAUGGACCAACCGUUUUUUAAAAGAUCAAACGGUUGGGAUCAUUUUAUUACCAUGGGACGCAUCACAUGGGAUUUUCGUCGCUCCUCGGAACGCGAUUGGGGUUCCAGCUGCAUCUACAAGCCUGGGCUAAGAAACGUCACGCGCCUUCUUAUAGAGCGUAAUCCUUGGGACUAUUUCGACGUAGGUGUUCCUUACCCCACCGGAUUCCAUCCGCGCUCUAAAUCCGACGUCACGCGCUGGCAGAACUUCGUCCACGAGCGCCAACGCAGUGCGCUCUUCUGCUUCGCCGGCGCCCCUCGACGCGCGUUCCGCCAAGACUUCCGCGGGAUUUUGCUGAGCCAAUGCCGCGACGCGGGCGAGUCGUGCCGCACCGUGAACUGCACUGGGACGCGGUGCUCCAACGGCACGUCGGCGAUUCUAGAAACGUUUCUGGACUCUGAUUUCUGCUUACAGCCGAGAGGGGACAGCUUCACACGCAGGUCCAUUUUCGAUUGCAUGGUGGCCGGUUCGAUUCCGGUUUUCUUCUGGCGGCGAAGCGCGUACCUGCAGUACGAGUUGUUCUUGCCGGUCGAACCGGGAAGUUACUCAGUUUACAUAGAUCGGAACGCAGUUAAGAAUGGAACCGUAACCGUGAAAAACGUGCUGGAGAAGUUCACCAGGGAGAGAGUGCGGCAAAUGAGGGAGAAAGUGAUUGAGUACAUUCCGAGGUUGAUUUACGCUAACACGAAAGACGGGUUAGACGAUAUGAAGGAUGCGUUCGAUGUUGCCAUCGAAGGUGUGCUGAAAAGGUUCGAGGAACAGGAACAACCGAAGUUUCAUAAGUGGAAAUAACGGCGAAACAAUAUUUCCUUUCUUAGAUUUAGAAAAACUAUAUAUAAAUAAAUAAAAAAUACUGUAUGUUUGAUCGAGGUGAAUUCGCUAGAUUAGAGUUAUAUUUUUUUAUAGAGUCACAAUGCGAUGUACUAUAUUGAUAUUUCUUUACUCGAUGAAUUAUGUAUUUAUACGAUGGAAAUAUAUAUUACAUCUAGAGUUUUGAA